AUGUCCGACAUUGUUCCAAAAUUCAAAAAGGUCUCGCUUACUGGUGCCCCAUUCAGUUCUGAUGCCGAAUAUUAUAAAACCUUGAGAAAUUACGAACUUGCUGAUGCUCAUGCUAGAAAUGCACCAAAGGAUAUUCCAACCCUCACUGAAACUUCCAAGUAUCUUUGUAGCCCUUUUGAUAAUAUUGAAGAAAAGGCCAGAUCUGUCUAUGUUUGGCUCUGCUUGAAUCUUACCUAUGACAAGGUUAAUAGAAAGAAUCACACUCUUCCAAAGUAUAAUGCUGAAGUUAUGGGACCAUCCUUUAGUGAAGAAGAAAAAAAGAUCUAUAAUGAUUUUGCUCUCUGUGCUUUCUACUUGAAGACCUGUGUUUGUACUGGUUUUGCUGGAUUAUUCGAAGGUAAGUACUUCUAUUCCACUAUGGAAUCUUAG